AUGCCACCACGUGCUUCACCUCCUCAGGCACACUCUCGGCCAGGAGAGCGCUCACGCGAAGCCGGCCGUGAAGCAAAGCUCUUGCACUUUAUCUACGGUCAACCUAACCUCGAGAAUAUCCGAGGCAGCCCACAAAAGGUGUUGGAUCUGAUGAACGAAUUUGAAACGGACCAUCACAUGAUGACCGUCGGCAUGUCCAAGGGAAAAAUUGUGACGGACCUCAUCGACGAGAUCAAACCCAAAGUGAUGAUUGAGCUGGGCUGCUACGUGGGAUACUCGGCCAUCCUCUUCGGAGAUGCCGUCCGGCGAAAUGGCGGCGCGCGCUACCUCAGCCUCGAAUUGAACCCUGAAUGGGCAGCCAUUGCAAAUAUGCUCAUCGAACUCGCUGGACUGCGCGAUUUUGUCCGUGUGAUUGUCGGCCGCAGUGACGAGUCGUUGGCCCAGCUAUACCGGAGCGGCGAGGUGACGAGGAUUGAACUCUUGUUUCUGGACCAUUACAAGCCUGCUUACACGACGGAUCUGAAGCUCUGCGAGCACCACGGUAUGAUUAGACCGGGCUCGGUCCUGGCUGCUGAUAAUGUGCUUUACCCGGGCAAUCCCCCCUACUUGGAGUAUGUUCGCAGUAGUGUUCAGCAGAAGCGGGAAGCCGCCAAGCGAGGUCCAACCCGGGAUUAUGGCGUGGAGGGGAUGCGAGAGCGAACUGUUGCAUCUUUUAUGCCUGAAGGUGACAAGCCUGCUUUUGAGGUCAUGGGUAAUCCCAACUUGGUGUAUGAGAGUGUGUUGCGACAACCAGUAGGAGAACGGGUGAGUCAUGUCCAAGUUCCCGGCACACCCGAUGGAAAGUCCACCGAGGGACCUUUUUCAGAAUCUGAAAGACUGCCUGGACGUAUUUCUAAUUAG